UAUAUAUAGGCCCUACCAAACCAAAUGAUCAGGUAAAGGUAUUGCUAUUGACUAGUUAUCCUAAUAUAAUCACAUUUAAAGACAUUUCAGGAUUAUAUAAUCCUUAUUUGUUGCGUGUCUAUAACGCUGUUAAUACAAUAGACCUGCAGUAGUCCUAACCCACCACUAGAUGGCGUUGCUGUCUCGCAGAUCGCCUCCUGGAUAAAUAGCAAUAUUCCAAACUCCAUAUCGCAAGGAUGUGUGGACUGUCCCUUCCUGUUUUAGUGCCGAGACAGCCACCGUACCGACACAUCGGAGCAGGGAUACACUUUCAACGUGAUUAUGUCUGUUUUUUCGCUCUGCGUAUCAAACAAUCGCUUAUUUAUACCUCGGCGUUGGAGCCAGAGUGUACCGUGUUAGCGCCGUCGGGGAAGCCGCUGUGUAAUGUUAUGUUAUGUUACGGAUCGCUCGUAACAUAGCAGGCCUAUUUACUGCGCUGCCAACCCUUGUUCCUUUCCUGUGUCAAUGAGUGUCCUACCCUCACUCUCAUGGCGGAGACUAAAAUCAUAUACCACAUAGACGAGGAGGAGACUCCUUAUCUAGUUAAAUUAUCAGUCUCUCCGGAAAAAGUCACCUUAGCGGAUUUUAAAAAUGUCCUCAACAAUCGCCCAGUCAACAGCUACAAAUUCUUCUUCAAAUCGAUGGACCAGGAUUUCGGGGUGGUCAAAGAGGAGAUUUCCGAUGACAACGCCAAGCUGCCCUGCUUCAACGGGAGAGUGGUUUCAUGGUUGGUACUGGCGGAGAGCGCACACUCUGACGGGGGGUCCCAGUGCACGGAGAGCCACCCGGAGCUGCCCCCCCCCCUGGAGAGAACGGGGGGCAUUGGAGACUCACGGCCCCCCUCCUUCCAUGCCAACGCGGUGAGCAGUCGCGACGGCCUUGACACGGAGACGGGCACCGAGUCCCUACUCAGCCACCGGCGGGAGCGGGAACGGGAGCGGGCGCGGCGGAGAGCGCGGGAGACGGAGAUCCCCCGCAUCAACGGCCACGCCAAGUCGGAGCGCACGGCGCGGGACUCGGCCAUGGGCUACGACAGCGCCUCGCUGAUGAGCAGCGAGCUGGAGUCCAGCUCCUUCGUGGACAGCGAGGAGGACGAGGACGCCAGCAGACUGAGCAGCUCCACCGAGCAGAGCUCCUCCUCUCAGCUGAUGCGCCGACACAAGCGCCGCCGACGGAGGCACAAGGUGGCCAAGAUAGACCGGUCCUCCUCGUUCAGCAGCAUCACCGACUCCACGAUGAGCCUCAACAUCAUCACCGUCACGCUCAACAUGGAGAAAUACAACUUCCUGGGCAUCAGCAUCGUGGGCCAGAGCAACGACCGGGGCGACGGGGGCAUCUACAUCGGCUCCAUCAUGAAGGGCGGGGCGGUGGCCGCGGACGGCAGGAUAGAGCCCGGGGACAUGCUGCUGCAGGUGAACGAUGUGAACUUUGAGAACAUGAGCAACGACGACGCGGUCAGGAUACUCCGAGAGAUCGUGUCUAAAACUGGUCCCAUUAGUCUUACUGUUGCCAAGUGCUGGGACCCCUCCCCCCGCAGCUACUUCACCAUCCCCCGCGCCGAGCCAGUGAGGCCCAUUGACCCCGCUGCCUGGAUCUCCCACACCACGGCCCUGACCGGCCCCUACCCACACUACGAAUUCGAUGACCUACCGCUGUCGGCGAGCAAGACAGACAUGGCGACCAUCGUCAAGGUGAUGCAGUUGCCCGACUCCGGUCUGGAGAUUCGAGACAGGAUGUGGCUGAAGAUCACCAUCGCCAACGCCGUUAUCGGUGCGGACGUGGUGGACUGGCUGUAUUCCCGGGUGGAGGGCUUCAAGGACCGGCGCGACGCCAGGAAGUACGCCAGCAGCCUGCUGAAGCACGGCUACCUGAGGCACACGGUCAACAAGAUCACCUUCUCCGAGCAGUGCUACUACACCUUCGGAGACCUCUGUCAGAACAUGGCGUCGCUCAACCUGAACGAGGGCUCCAGCGUGGGGGGCUCUGAGCAGGACACCCUGGCGCCCCUGCCCCCCAGCACCAACCCCUGGCCCCUGGGCGGGCAGCCCUUCCCCUACCCCCCGUUCCCCUCCGCCCCGCCCAGCUUCCCCCCCGGCUACUCAGACCCCUGCCACAGCUUCCACGGCGGCAGCGCCGGCAGCCAGCACAGUGAAGGCAGCAGGAGUAGCGGCUCCAACCCCAGCGCCGGGAAGGCCCGGCGCUCCUCGCCCCAGGAGAAGGCCCAGCGCUCCACCUGCAGCGAGUCGGAGCCCGGCGUGCGAGCAGCCCGACGCGGCAGCGACCGCUCCGCCAGCCAAACAAGCCACGCCCACAGCCACGCCCGCUCCGGCUUCAGCCACACGCAGUCCCACCGGAGCCACCCCCACUCUCAGCACAGCCACCCGUCCUUCGCCUACAGCCAGGGCCCCCCGGGGCCCCUGAGCCCCCUCAGCCCCCCGGGGCCCGGGUCCUGCGCCCACAGCGAGCGCAGCCACGCCUCGUCCUACGGGCCCCCGGGGCUGCCUCCCCCUUACUGCCUGGCCCGCCUGGCCCCCAAGACCCCCGCCACCAGCAGCACCCCCCCUGGAGCCCCCCCCGGGAGGGAGCUGGCCGCCGUCCCGCCCGAGCUUACCGCCAGCCGCCAGUCCUUCCAGCACGCCAUGGGAAACCCCUGCGAGUUCUUCGUUGACAUCAUGUGACCCUCUUGGGAGAUGGCGCCGAUAGAAUCCUCUUGAGUAUAAACAAAUGACCCCCUCUCUCUCUCUCUCUCUCUCUCUCUCUCUCUCUCUCUCUCUCUCUCUCUCUCUCUCUCUCUCUCUCUCUCUCUCUCUC